CCGGUGACCUCACUGGUUGGAUUGUUUGGGGCCGCGCGUCUUUCACAGUUGGCGGGUAUCUGAGGGUUUGCAGGCUACUGUGAGGACGCUUUGAGACACUUGAACAACUCUUUGCACUGAUUAUUAAUAAAAAGAUGUCUGACUGGAACAGGGAGAAACGACGUGAAGCUCACAGCAGCGAACAUGAAAGCAGGAGUCAUGGAUCGUCUCGGUGGUCCCACUGUAGAAAGAGAGGGGUUGAUGGUAGUCUGAGGACCAAGAGGGACCCAGAAGGCAGUGACAAAGCUCACAACAAGGAACGACAUGACAACAGAAAUGACAGUUUCAGGACUCCAGAGAGCGCCGGCCCCGUGUCUCGCUGUGGUCGGCGGUCAGACUGGGGCAGUCAGGUGGAGGACGACGAGAUGAGGAGAGACGUACACAGAGACAUGCAGCGUUACAGGAGGAGGAUACUGGGAGGAGACGCCACUCAGAGAGAGAGACGGGCCUCCUCCGGAUCCUCUGGGAGCUGUGACUCCAGAGAGGGAGACAGCAUGGAGACCGAUGAGGGAGUGUUGCUACGGCGACAGAAACAGAUAAACUACGGCAAGAACACGCUGGCCUACGACCGAUACGUCAAAGAAGUACCCAAGCACCUGCGUCAGGCCGGCGUUCACCCAAAGACCCCCAACAAGUUCAGGAAGUAUAGCCGGCGCUCGUGGGACCAGCAGAUCAAACUGUGGAAGGUGAAGCUGCACGCCUGGGACCCCCCCACAGAGGAGGGCGGUGACAAAAGCCUCCAUAACAUAAACGAGCUGGGUCUUGAUGAUGUCAUGGACAUCGAGCUGGACUUCCCCUCCCUGUCAGACUCCCAGGAUGCCCCAGCUCCUCUCAGCACUCACAGCCUGUCCCUGGAGGAUGAAGACUGUAUGGGGACUCCAGUUAAAGUCCAGCGGACAGACUCCACAGCGGAGCCUGGCAUUUAGCUCUUCAUCAGCACAGCAAUGACCUGCUUCAUCCAUUUCUCCCGGCGCUGUCCUCCAUGUUUCCCAGAAUGCAUCAGUUCCAGGUGUGCACAGCGCCGCAGUGCUGUGAGUCUCAGCUGACAUUAAGUUUUCUCGUUGUUGACACAGAGGUUCCAGAUUGUGAAUCUGCUCAGGGAGUCUUUCACAGCCGGGUUCACUCCGCUGACUUCUCAUCUCAUCUUCACACACAGGACAGAAAAACCUCCAGACUGUUUUUAUUUCAAUGAAUCAGACAUGGUGUGUUUCCUUUCUUCAGUGUGUGUUUUUUUUAACUGAAGUGUGUUUUCACUUGCUCUGAUCACUUUUUACUUUGGCUGUUUUUUAAUACAAAUGUUGCUGUUUUCUUCAUUGUGAAAACUAUGAAAUAAAAAAUGGAAAGAAAAACACA